AGGCUACGGCUGAAACUAUAUAACUCGGCGGGGCCAAACAGAGCAUGUAGAAUCUUCACCUGAGGACAUUUGUGAAAAUCAGAAGCACUUCCACCCACCAACAGCAUCCGGCAGUGAUGAAGUGCAACCAUCUCCUCUCCUGGGCGUUUGUGCUGGUGGCCUCUGGCCCGCUGCUGGCCCACCCCAUUACAGAAUCUGCUGAGAUGGCCUAUCCAGGACCCGUGUCCGUGGAGGACCGAGGAAUGGGCAUGCUGGACGACCUGUCUCUCUCCGAGCAAUCCUUCCCUCCACAGGAUGGUCCUGGUCUCAGAUAUUCCACUCUGAUGUCUGGGGAGCUUAACAGAGAUGGCAUCAGGACAACAAAUCUGCUGCCAAGGGGGAUGAAAAGAGAGGUCUUUCUGGAGAAGCAGGGUCUCCUAAGUCCUCUCAGCCACAUGCUGGGCAUCCGGAAACAGUUCAGGAAGAGAGCGGGGAAUUCCGAGUGUUUCUGGAAGUACUGCGUCUAGGACCCGACACAGAAAGCGGGGCUUGCACAAGAAGAAACAGUUAUCCCGGACUAAUACAAGCUUUUGCAGACCAAAACAAACCGAGCAACGCGUCCGCACGUGCACAUAUUGGCUCCCUCGUGCACGGACUCACACACACCCAGCUGCCUGUAUGUCUUCACAAAACGACAAGGCCUGAUUGAGACGCGCUGAUUGAAAAACUUUCAGUUGAUUUAUUAGGAUCUACUUCAAAGCUUGUUUAAAACUAGGCGAACAGAUUUCUCGAAAUUCCUCAGUUAUCUUAUUUAUGACCAAAUGGAUCUUAGAUGUGACUGUCAAAGAUGAUACUGUUUGUUGUAAGAGAGAUAAAUAAAUGUGUUAUA